GAUCAAUGUGCUGAGUCUUCCAUAAGAGCGAGCUGCACCCACAGGCUGUGCAUCUUCUGGCACUGUUGCUUACAGGUGCUUUCUCCUUCCAGGCGCUGAGAGGUUCCCUCCAGCCCCGGCCGCCCAGCGAGCUCAGUGGCAGGCAGCAGUGACCUCCGACAGCUCUUCGGAUGAGAUGGCAGCCACCCAUCCCCUGCCUCAACAAGGAGCCGCCGUUCCGAAUAAGCGCAAGCGAAUCAAGCAAGAGCAGGGCUCGCCCUCCUCACCCCAGCCAGGGCACAGCUGCCAAUUUUACACAGGUCAGCAAGAAACAGCAUACAGCUCGGACUCCUCUGACACCUCAUCCGACGAGACUGCGAGUGCGCAGACAAUCAUCCAUAGAGCGACCAGCACCCAUCAUUCUCAACGCAUUAAACAGGAGGAGAGCGGCGCUCAGCUCACAGGCAGCAGCCACAGUUACUCGUUUUACGCAGCCCCGGAAGAGCUACAAGACUCGCGUCGAGCACCCUGUUCCUCCGGCAGCCCCUCGGAUGAGAUCAUGAGGACCAAGACUCCCAUUUACCGGACCGUGGCCACCCGAACCCGGCACGAGAGGAUCCUACAGGAGGAGGAUUCAGCACCGAUUGGGCGACCGAGCCAAAGCAUUACUUCUUACAGAGGAAAACAGACUCUCUCACAAGUGCUUCACCAGCUGGGAGCUCAUCGGCUCCCUCGAGGCUCCUUUGUUGAGAUUCCAGUCGGACAUCCCUUUGAUGUGCAAACAGAAACACCUCACAGCCCGUACGGACGACAUGUAAGAGAGGACUUCAUAGCCAAGAGACGCAGUCAGUUUUACAAAGGUUGGUUUAUGAGGCAAAUAUGUAACGAUCAAUGAACCCUCAUGGUUCAGUGAAGGCAUGUGAGGUGGGGUGCUGAGCCGAGCCAAGCCGAGCCGAACAAACCAAGAAAGGUCCAGGCUCCUGCCCUGUUACCUGCUGAGUUAGGGGGAAGUAGGGGUAAUGCACUUCAUACCAGUGAUCCUGGGCUAGAGAAGGGAACAAUACCCCCGUGUUCUGACUCAACUGAUCUCUGGUUAAACCUGCUGGAAAGAGCUCAAGCAAUGGCAUUAGAUGAGGACAGAAUUGGGCUUGGCUGUGAUACCAAGCCCACUGGCACCUCACUAUCUAGACUCCUACAUCAAUGGCUACUUGGUCAAUGGCUGUAGCCCCAGCACAAGUCAGCAACGCAUUUAGGAGAGCAGAAAAUUGGCACACAGACAAGUUCAAAUCUGUUGCCUC